UUACAACACUACAAAUCUAUUACAUUUAUUGAGCUACAAUUAUGUAGGAGGGGUAAUGCAAUGACUAGAUUUUGUGUUGUGAACUCAUGUCUAAUGCUUUAAAAGACUCUUUGUCAAGACAGAAUGCAACUGACCGUAAAAACUUCCUCGCUGUUUGCAGGUUGAGCAUACAAACACUAUGUGACGAGGCAGGCACAAGUGGGGUAAUCGACGAUAACAGCGAUUAUCUCCUUAAUUUCUGUAACAUAAUAGAAAACUUGUUAUGUCACCGUUAUCAUGUUCAAAACAAGAAACAGGUUGGAACUGCAGACGGCAUUGUGUUUUGGGAGUUUCUCAAGCUUGCUUGCAAGUCGGUCCCUUACAACUGCAUUCAGAAGAUAAAUCUGAUGGAUAAUGUGAAAACCACACGAGGCAAGGGAAGAGCCUGGAUACGAAUGGCACUGAUGGAGAAGAGACUGUCAGAGUAUUUCUCAGUUGCUCUUAUGGAGGACACUGUUUUGAAGAGAUUUUACGAUCACGGGAGUUUUAUGCUGAACGAGGAGGCCCACAUAGUGGCUAACGUUAUGACUGCUCUUAACUCUGUGGAUUUCAGUUUGUGUUUGAGGAGCCACACCUUCGAUCUUCCAGUUGUUUACUCAGUUGACUACACUCCCUUUCUCAAAUACCCAAUAAGUGACAAGCAACUAGAUUUGGAAGAAGCUCUAAUAAGACUGGAGAGAAACAGAGUACAGAACGAUGCUUCCUCCACCUGUAGUGGGCACACUAGUCUCCGGGCGAGAUCUGUGUGUACAUUCUCUACCAUAUCAGAACGAGAAUUGUCAGCUGAAGAGGAACUGAUAAAACUGAAGAGACAAAUGAAAAUAGUGGUCGACCAAAAGGCGUAUCUGGAGGAGAUCCUGUACCUAAGGGAAGUGAAAUGCACGGAACUAACACAGCAUCUGUUACUAAGUGCGUAUCUGGAGGAGAUCCUACACCUAAGGGAAGUGAAAUGCACGGAACUAACACAGCAGCUGUUACAGUGGGACGAACAGGCGGAGAAGGAGAAAGCCCUGUCAGACAGCAUCAUAGUGGAGCUACAGGGCCAGCUAGCUGAGCAGCAGUUCAGAAACAGGAUGUUACAGGAACAGAUGGACAGGAGUACGAGUAAUGGGUUCCAGGAGAUGGAACCUGUUCUUGCUAGGAACAGGAACAGUGUGUCCCUCCACAGAUCAACAGAGGAUCCCAAUAAAGCUGUAGAUGUUAUAGCUCAUAUGGACCGUAACGGGUUCUGUUCCAGGAGUUCCUCAGACCAGUCAGUGAAGCUGAGUGCGUCUGACCAGUCAGUGAGACGCAGCACAGAGACUGUCAUUACCAGAACCAGCUCUACCUCCGGCUCUACCUCCAGACCUAGAGCUAAAUCUGGGUACUCUAAACAGAAAAUAGCUGUAGCCGUGGAAGAUAUCCUGCCCUCUGAAAAAGAAAGGCUCAUGUUCAACGUCCACAAGAAACUGCAAACUGAAACUUUUAUCUCCUUCGGCGACCCAGACGGUUAAUCUUCAUUCUUUCUGCUUUCCAAAUUGUUAAAUGAAAUUCUUGAUUUUUGUAUAAACUAUGUUUUGUAAAUUUUUGAACCAUUUUAUCGCUGCUGUUAUUCAGAUAAGCUGUGAUUAACUUGAGAGAGAUUUAUUACGGUUUUAUAACGAAAAAUCAAUGCAAGCGGACAGAUUUUAAACUAGUAUAGAUUGUAUCUCUAGGCUAGGGAUAAUAUUUACGGGAAUAUUUUCUGAUAUGUGAUCAGAUGUAUCAGAAAUCUGUUUUGUAGGUAUCCAGUAAUAUAUAAUAUCAUAAAGGGGAGUUUGAAAUUGCCGAAUAUUUUCCGUUUUGGCAUCAGAUAACAUAACUAGGCGGAUAAGUCUAACAUUUUAUUGGUAGCUAUCCUUAUCGAUAGUAAUUAGAUUUAAUAAGUGUUACAGA